UCCCAAGGGCAACUGCACUUAAAACAGAAUAAUAAUGUGCUUUCCCAUCUUUGCUUUCAGCUUUGUUUUUUGCGUCUCUCUGGGCACCGAGUUUUCCUUUCCAUGAGAAGCCCAUGGGAGUAUUUUUGCUCUUUGACUCUGGCGUCUGGGAUCUCUCCAGGUUACCCAUCGCCUUCGUGCUGUGACUCCUCUCCUCCUUCUUUCCCAACAACAGCAUUUGCUUUUCUUACUCCUGCCUCUCUUCCUCCAACAUGUUGGCAUUUUCACCGCUGUCAGUCCAGCGGAAGGAUUGCCUGUGGUAUCGGCCAUGGUAGUUCAUCCGUAAAGGAGCGGGGACGUUGCACUUGUCCAGAUGGGUGUGUCUGUGUUACGACGCCAGAAAAUCCUCCUUGCUUCUGCUGCUGCCGCUGUGGCUGUCAGCAGAAUCCCCAUCAGUCAAGCGGGGAGAUGCCUGCCUUUCCGCACCGUCGCCGGUGUCCCAGCGGGGCUGGCAGCGUGCUGUGUCACGUCUGGGUUUGCCUGGCCACAUCAGUCCUGUGCUGUCACCUCUCUGUCGUUCCUGGGGUGUCUGUCGUUCCUGGGAUCUCCCGAGUUUUGUGUGGCUCGGUGCCUGCACGGGGAUCCUUCUCCCAAGGGUCCUACCCUCAGGCUGGGACGUGUGUUGAGGACUUCCCCUCAUGUGCGUUAGCUUUCUGUCCCAGGCGUGGGCCCUUGGGUGCCGCAGGUUGGGAUGGCUCUUGCCCCAGUUCUCAGCUCCCUUGGGCUGUGACUCUCUGGACCAGGUCUUGCCUUGUUUGGGCCAUUUCUCCAGUUUCUGCAGCGGGGCUUGCCUUGGCUUGCUGCGGGGGACAGCCACAAUCUCGCUCCAGAGUCUUGAGUCCUCUUUCAGGUUUUUUUUUGGAGAGUUUUGCCAGCCAGAAAAAUGCCUCUGCAGGCUCCAGCACUGGAAAGACCCUUCCUAAAGCAGGGAAAGGGCUGCUUUGUAUCGUUCCGGGCACCUGCCUUGUUUUAGGAGGUGACUCUUCUCUCUCCUUCCCUCGUUAGCAGGAGUCAAGACCGGGCAUGAAUGCGAGCCGGAGGGAGCAGUAUCGGGUUCUCCUUUGCUGUAGUUAGCGGCAGCUCUUACUCUGCUCCCUAUUUUUAACAUUGCCCUGGGGCAGCCCUGGCUCCGGUAGCUGCCACCCCAUUGUUUCAGUGGAUAUGUGACUCUCGGGGAGGCUUUCUGACCGGGGGAGAUGGAGGGGAUGUUGGAUUUGACCAUUUGGGCCUGACCCACGUGACGGAUGAAAGCGAUACUGUGCGAGAGCCCGGGGUGGAGCGUGCUCUGCGGGAUGGUGCCUCAGCCACUUCCCUUACCUAGGAAAGGGUUUCCUCCCGUCGCGUGGCUUUGUGCUGAGCUCCGGUGGGCUGCCAGCCGUCUCCUCCUGCUUGGCCAAAGGUCCUCUGCUCCGACGGCAGCUCCAGGCGCUGGCCUGGGGACACCACGCUCCCUACGGCUGCUGAGCCCCGUGGACACCGGCGGAGCAGUGCUGAUCACACCAGUCUACCGGAAAAAGGUUAGAAACCGCUAUUUUGAGAGUACGAGGCUGACUUUGGGAGCGAGCUGGAGUGGUUGCAGACUAUGAGAAAUUUCCUGGGAUAAAGCUCGCCGUGAGAAGCGUGGCCAGCCUGUUGCACGUUGGCUGGCCGCGUUUGCAGUGACGGGUUUCAGUCAGAGAGGGCAUGCCGUGACUGCCCAAACCGCCGCUGGAGGACGGCGGUGACGCUCGCCAGCCGGUCUGGAUGGAGGCUUGGGGUUUAGCGCUGUCUGUGGGAGCCCCUCUCAUGAAUCCCUGUUGGAAUUAGCACGUAGAUCUCCACAACUCUUUAAAUACUGGGCUAACCUGAAACUGGUUCAUUGCAGCUACAAAGGACUGUAGUUUUAUCUGUUAGCUGAAACAGAUAAAAAAAUAUCCUGAUUCACCCAACUGAUUUCUACUCAGUGUUUUGUUGGGUGACGAGCUCCCUCCCUCGCAGUGCCUGCCGCAGAGGGCAGCGUCUGUGGCACCAGCGCAUCGCCGUACAGUAAAACCUGUGCGUUGUGCCGAGGAAGAACUACUAUGGCAGAAUCCACCUGUGCUGGGAUGCUGAGAUCCCAUGGAUAAAUGUGUCCCCUUUCCUUACCAACUAAAACCCGGCAGCGUUGUAAAGUGUUGUUUUACUGCUGUAGGUGUGACCACGCUGAACGGUUUUGGUGACACAACUGUGUUUAUUAAAGGAUCACAC